GUCUACACCUACACGUGAUGCAACAUCCCUGUGAGCUUUUCACGGCUACACAAGCUCCUCUGUGUCUUAUUUACAGACCUUUAGAUAAAGAAGCUGUAAGCAGCUGAGGACAUGGAGCCUUUAAUGGAUUUAGGUUUUUCUCUCUUCUCCAGUCCUACCACUGUGGUGGGAGUAGCUGUGCUUUUGAUGAUCCUUUAUUUGGUUUCUGUCGGUUCCUCCUCCAGCGAAGCAGGUAAAGAGCCUCCAGGACCGAAGCCUCUGCCUCUGCUUGGCAACCUGCUGCAACUUGAUCUCCAGAGACCCUACAAAACCCUGUGUCAGCUUUCCAAGAAAUAUGGAUCUGUAUUCACAGUUUAUUUUGGGCCAAAAAAAGUGGUUGUCCUGUCUGGGUACAGGACAGUUAAAGAGGCUUUAGUCAGAUACGCUGAUGAAUUUGGAGAAAGAGAGGUUUCACCUAUAUUUGAUGAUCUAAACAAUGGUCAUGCUCUACAAUAUGUUUCCCCGGCUGGUCAGAUGGAUAAAAAAACGUCAUGUGAUUCUAGAAAAUGCUAAAAUGACAGUCAGCGAUGUGAAAGAUUUAAUCCAGAAACUGAAGGAGACGCUGAACCUUCAGACAUGCAGAGGACUGGUGGACUGUUUUCUGAUUCGGAAGCAGAAAGAAGAGGACUCUUGUGUAAAAGACACUCAGUUCACAGAGGAGAACCUGAUAUUUACAGUAUCCAAUCUGUUUUCUGCUGGAACUGACACCACAGCUGCAACAUUGAGGUGGGGUUUGCUGCUCAUGGCCAAAUAUCCACAAAUUCAGGACCUGGUGCAAGAAGAGCUGGCCAGGGUGGUCGGAGGCCGUGAAGUCCAAGUGGAAGACCGUAAAAACCUGCCAUACACUGAUGCUGUCAUCCACGAGAUACAGAGGCUGGCUAACAUUGUCCCCAUGGCCGUACCACACAAAACCAGUCGAGACGUCACCUUUCAGGGAUACUUCAUUAAAGAGGGAACAACUGUGUUUCCCCUGCUUACGUCUGUUCUGAAUGAUGAGAGUGAAUGGGAAAGCCCUCACUCCUUCAACCCUUCUCACUUCUUGAACAAGGAGGGCAAAUUCAUCAAGAGAGAUGCCUUCUUACCAUUUUCUGCAGGUCGCAGGGUGUGUCUUGGGGAGGGUCUGGCUAAGAUGGAGCUCUUCCUCUUGUUCAGCUCCCUGCUUCAGCGUUUUCGUUUCAAGCCUCCACCUGGAGUUACUGAAGAUGAGCUGGAUUUGACUCCAGCGGUGGGCUUCACCAUCCCACCUUCUCCUCAUAAGCUCUGUGCCAUCAGUCGGCAGUAAAUAAGGAAGCAUAACAUGAUUGUUCCUCUGUCUAUCAGUGGCCUAAUGUGCUUUACUAAACUUAAACCUUAAUUUUAUGUCUCAUUGUUCAAACAGCUUGACAAAGAUUGACAUUUUUAGUGCACACUCCUUUCACACCUCGCCACUAUUGCUCUUCUUAAGCCGUGUAACUGCAAAAAGUAAGUCUUACUAAAACAAGAAUUGUUUCGAAACUACUAAAGACUUUUAGAAAUGAAAUAAUAGUCCAGCUGUACACAAUGCAUAUUAAAUAAAUGUUUCCCUUCAUCAUGCCACAUAGGGGAAAUUUGUCUUUGCCUUCAAUCUUUCUCUUAGGGAGCAAUGUGCUGCAAGCACUUAGUGGCGUAUAGGGAGCAAUCUACGGUUAAGGGUCUUACUCAGACAACCAGAGUGACAGACUGAGUUUUGAAUAGUCGACCUUUGGGCCUUAUCAGACACAAACACCUGGCUCUUCAUGCACUAGGCUACCACUCCCAUAUGGGAUAUUGUGCAAAUCUUUGCAAACACAACAUUCAAGGUCUUUUUAAUGAUUUCAGCUGUCAAAGAAAACAUUUCCAUGCAGCAGCAGAACAAGCUGCCAAAAAGUAUGAAGAAAACUAUGCAUUCAGUCCAAGAACACAUUACACUGUUUGUUUUAUUGCAAUAACUUCCUAAAAGUUAAGUAAAAUCACUCCAAUCGUUGUAUAUAUGGACAAUUAUGAAACAUUUUUAAAUACUUCUGCUAUUUUCAUUUGUGUGAAUACUCUGUGGCUGUGAAGAGAGAAAAAUAAGUUUGUUAUACAGUAAGGGUUAUUAACCUCUGUUUCCUUCAUACAGUAAAAACAAUUACCCCAAAAUGAUUUUUUUUAUAACAGAGCUUUAAUAAAUAAAGCUAGCACAUA